ACCUCCAAUUUUCCACAAUGCAAUCUUUCACUUGUAGAUCGUUUAAAACUAUUAAGAAAAUCCCAGUAAUUGUCCGAUUUUACGCUGUAGACAACAGGGAAGCGGUUAGGGUACGUUUUGCGCCAAGUCCUACAGGCUUCUUGCACUUGGGGGGCUUAAGAACAGCGCUUUAUAAUUACUUUUUUGCCAAGUCGUGCAACGGUGCGUUUAUUUUACGUAUUGAAGAUACGGAUCAAAGCCGUCUGGUUGAGGGGGCCAUUGAACAGCUGCAACAUGACUUAAAUUGGGCCGGAAUUCAAAUUGACGAGGGGCCAAGUAGCGGGGGCAGCCACGGCCCUUAUAUCCAAUCCCAAAGAUUACACAUUUAUAGGGAGCAUGUUACGACUUUACUAAACAACGGCUCGGCUUAUCACUGCUUUUGCACCGAAAAGCGGUUAGAGUUGUUACGUAGAGAGGCCAUCAGAAUUAGGGAAAUCCCCAAGUAUGACAACAGGUGUCGCAGUUUAAAACCUGAAGAAGUUGAGGAAAAAUUGGCCCAAGGAAUUCAAUCAUGUGUUAGAUUCAAAUUGGCACCGGGCGUUCAAAAUUAUGCUGAUUUGAUUUACGGUAGUUUAAAUUACGAUGUUGCCGCCAACGAGGGCGACCCUGUGAUAGUAAAAUCCGACGGUUUUCCCACUUACCACUUUGCCAACGUGGUUGACGACCAUUUAAUGAAAGUUUCGCACGUUUUGCGAGGGGUUGAGUGGCAGAUUUCAACCCCAAAACACAUAAUGAUGUAUAGAGCCUUCGGCUGGGAACCCCCGCUGUUUGGACACUUGCCUCUUUUAAUGAACCCUGAUGGUUCGAAACUUAGCAAAAGACAGGGGGAUAUCCGGAUUGGUCAUUAUAGAGAUCUAGGGAUAUUUCCGUUAGCUUUGAUUAAUUUUAUUACAAAUUCGGGCGGCGGGUUCGAGAAGGAUAGUGAACAAAAUGUGAAACCAAAAUGUUACACUAUGGACGAGUUGGCACGACAGUUUGGUGUGUCUAGAAUCAACUCACAUUCGGGUAAAUUAAUGCCAGAAAGGCUUUACGAGUUCAAUAGACUAGAACUGAAGCGUAAACUUGAAGACCCAAACGAGGAGAAAAAAUUAGUUGAAGAAGUGGGUCAAAUGGUGAGGAAAUCUUUCGCAGGGAAUGAUUUGCUUCAAUUGGAUCCACAACACGUGAGGUAUAUCCUCCACUGGUCAGUUAAUCGGAUCACAAAACUGCAAGAUUUGCUAUCAGAUGAUUUGAAAUUUAUCUGGGUUUCCCCUAAAAGCUACCAAAUUUCUGAAAAUGAUUUAGUCCCUCUUGGGAUUUUCAUUGAACAGUUGGAGCGGAACCAAACGUUGGACCGAGAACAUUUGAACGCAUUUUUCAAAAGUUUUUGCAAGGAGCAUCAGCUCAAGUUUGGGAACUUCAUGAAGACUUUGAGGUCAAUUUUAAGCGGAUUGAAAGAGGGACCAAGUGUAGCCGAAAUGGUGGAAAUUUUGGGCAAGGACAACACCAUCAGACGACUCCAGCAUUGCAUAAAACACAACAAAUGAGAUAAAUAUAUUUAAUAUCUUUCAUUGUAAUACAAUCAUAACAAAAAAGAUUAAAAAACUUAGUAAAAAAUUCAAUUUA